CACAAGAAACAGAGGAUACAUAUUACCUUUUCAAAAGCUACAGAAAACAUGGACGCACGAGCUAUGUCCUUCUCCGUUCUCGUCAUCCUCAUUGCAGCGGUGACUUUGGCCAACGGUUACUCUCCUCCUCCUCCUCCAACCACCGUAUAUCCCGCCGUGAAAACCGUGGAAGCGGCGGUGGAAGGAAUGGUGUACUGUCAAUCGUGCGACAAAUACGGAUCAUGGUCGUUGGGCGGAGCAGAACCCAUAGCCGGAGCUAAAAUCAGCAUCAUCUGCAAGAACCACAGGGAACAAGUGAGCUUCUACAAAGUCUUUCAAACUGAUUCGUACGGCCAUUUCUACGGUGAGCUCAAAGGUUUUAAAAUGACUCCACAUUUCUUGGACCAUCCUCUUCACGCUUGCCGUGCCAAGCUCGUCUCUUCUCCUCGUGAGGACUGCAAUCUCUUCUCCAACAUUAACAAUGCUCUCGAUGGUGCUUCCCUCCGGUAUGAAGAGAAGAGGCUCAAGUGGACCAACUACGAGGCUGUGAUUUACGCCGCUGGUCCAUUGGCUUUCCGUCCUGACCAUUGUCCCGCUACUUCACCACCCACUUACUGAUUCGAGUUUGUGUUUUUUGAAGAUCAUCCUAUACUAAUUAUAUGAGAAAAAAUGUUUCCCUUUUUUUUAAUGGUUUGCCAAUUGUUUGUUUGUAAGAUGAGUUAUGUGCUUGGUAUCGUUUGUGACUCCUUUGUAUCGAGCAUACUCAUGUUCAAGAUCUGUUAAAUCAUCGAUCAGUCAUAUCAACAACAUUGUAAUAACCUUUUAAAAUUUUUAUUACACAAGAAUAUCAGA